AACGACGAAUUUGUUGUUCCAAAUAGCAUUCUUAUACUAUCGGAAAACGAUAAAAUUGCAGUUAUUCCACCACUUAGCGGAGGAUAAUGGAGAUACUAAAGAACUUUGUUAAGCUGCAACAAGAAGAAUUAAAUAUUAUAGAAAUCAUGGAGCUAGUGACAUUUCCUAACUGUGGAGCAAUAUCUAAUUUUAUUGGAGUUACUCGAGAUAAUUUUGAAAAUAAGAAGGUAAUUAAACUGGAAUAUGAAGCUUAUGAAUCAAUGGCUUUAAAAGAGAUGACUAAUAUCUGUAACAAAAUUCGUUCACAAUGGAAUGUAGAAGGCAUCGCCAUAUAUCAUCGUAUUGGAGAAGUACCGAUAUCCAAAGCAAGCGUUGUAAUUGCAGUUUCCUCUCCCCAUAGAGAGCAAUCACUGAAGGCAGUAGAAUAUGCUAUUAAUGCGUUAAAAGCAUCAGUGCCCAUUUGGAAAAAAGAAGUAUACGAAACAGGGGAACCACAAUGGAAACAAAAUAAAGAGUGUAAAUGGAUAAAUACUUCGAAAGAGGAAGCUCAGAUGACUUCAAAUAUAAAUGAAAAAGUACCAAAUAAAGAUGUUGUCGAUCAAAACCUUGUACAAAUUCGAGCAAAUUCAGAAGAAUUAAAUCGUAGAAUAGAAUCAUUUAUUGAAAGAAAGCGCCAACAUGUAAAUACUGUAAAUGUUCAAGAGUUUUGCCGCUACAGUGAAAAUAAUGGUAAUGAAAAUUCUUGUGCAAGAGUAGAUGCCAUUCUUAUUCGACGAAAAGAUUCCAGAAGUCAUAUAAAAGUUCAUAGAGUAUUAAAUGAGUGGGGACCUCAAACUAUCGAUCAAUCAAUUUUACGCAAACCAAUUACGAAUAAUACGAGCUUCGAUGUUUCGGAUUCUUUCCCUAUAUUGGAUGAGAGAAUUUCUGUGACAGAACGUAUGAUAGGAAUUAACAAACCAGUACCUAAAGAUAUUUACAAAAGACUGAAAAAUAUUGAAGAUAGAAUAUUACAUUUGGAAAGUAUAUCACCGGAAUAUAAGGAUUUUUGGAUGCAGUAAUUUUACUACCUACUUUGAUUUAAGUUGUAACAAAAGACAUCAAUUUGAAGGACAUUUUGAAAC